AUGAGCGCACUCACCACCACAUAUUUAUUAUGUAUUUUAGUUGGCUCUUUAUCAGUUCUUAUAAUGUGUGGAAACCUCCUUUUAAUAACCUCCAUCAUUUACUUCAAACAGCUCCACACUCCUACAAACUACCUCAUCCUGUCUCUCGCUGUAGCUGACCUGCUUGUUGGAGUUGUAGUUUUGCCUUUUAGCACAGUACUGGCUGUGAGCUCUUGUUGGUAUCUUGAAGAUUUACUCUACAGAUAUUAUGCAGUGUGUCAGCCUCUGAUAUACAAAGCUAAAAUAAAUGUCUGUGUUAUUCUGAUCAUGAUCCUGGUGAGCUGGACAGCUCCAGCUCUAAAUGGAAUUAGCAUGACAUUUUUGGGAGUGAACCAAAGACAAUCUAAUAGGUGUGUUUUAUUUCAAAAUGUAAGGUUAGCAAUUAUGCCAAUUGUUUUUGGGUUUUAUUUUCCAGCUAUUGUAAUGGUCUGUAUCUACUUAAAGAUUCUGAUGGUGGCACAGAGACAGGCACGCAGCAUCCACAACACAACCUGUCAGAGCACAAAAUCUGAAAUUAAGAAGGAGAGAAAGGCCACCAAAACUCUGGCUAUUGUAAUGGGAGUUUUUCUCAUCUGUUGGACUCCUCUCUUUCUUUGUAUGACCUUUAACCCUUUGAGUAAUUACACAAUACCUGUUGCUGUGAUUGCAGCAUUUAAGUGGCUUGGAUGGUCAAAUUCAAUGCUCAAUCCAUUGAUCUAUGCUUUCUUUUACAGCUGGUUUCGAUCAGCUUUCAAAAUAAUAAUUUCUGGGAAAAUAUUUCAAGAAAACAUCUUGCCUUGUCCCUGUGCUAAAAAGGCACCAUGUCCCAGUGGCUCCAAGGACUACAGACCAGUGACAUUGACCUUACACAUUAUGAAGACCCUGGAGAGACUUGUCUUAGAUCAGCUGCGGCCCAUGUGGAAGGUCGAGGUGAACGGCAGCGGUGGACGGCGGUGA